UUCACCUCAUUUCUCACUAUAUUUUUCAUCUUCAAUUCCCUCGCCCAUCAUAUAUAUAUAUAUACUUCUCAAUUCAUUCAAUUCUUUGUGAAACAACUAACUAACCAUGAAAUCCAGAAGAGACCUAUUCUGCGCCUCUCAUGCCUCCACCGCCAUCUGCUCCAGCAUGGACCAGCGCAGAAUCGUCCGCCCCAGAAGCCGCCCGCCGGCGCCGCCGUGCUCCUCCCAUCUCCCCUUUCACCCCACUUCCUUUCGAAAGACGGCUUCGUCGCCCAAGGACCCUUCACCUGCUCCUAAUAACAAUGCUACUUCCAAUUCUCCUGGACAUUCUUCUAGAUAUCUCUUGAAUGAUUCUACCUUUCUUCACCAAAUAUUAUCUGAUUCCAACAAUACUCAAGCCUUGGUUCCCUACCGGCCAUUCCAAACCACCAAGGCGCAACACACCUCCGGUGAUAAUCUGGCCGCCGUUAUACCCUCGUCGUCAUCACUGCCGCCGCCGCCGCCUAAACUGCCUCCGGUGGUCUGCAAUCCUUCGUCAUUAACCCUCGACUCGAAUGUUAAAACUUCCUCGUCCUCAACUCCCACCCACCGUAAUCACCAGGUUGUGGAAUUGAGGGUAGCAAUUCAUUGCAAGGGUUGUGAAGGGAAAGUGAGGAAACAUCUGUCCAAGAUGGAAGGAGUAUCAUCAUUCAGCAUUGAUUUGGACUCGAAGAAAGUGACGGUAAUUGGAAACGUGACACCGUUAGGAGUACUUGCCAACAUCUCUAAGGUCAAGAACGCACAAUUCUGGCCGUCUCCGGCGACUUCUUCUCCUUCAUCUCCUAAGGUUAACUUGCCUAUCCGAUAGAAUUGGUAUACUUUAAUAUUGGUAUAUUUCAAGCGAUAAGAUUAAUUUAAUCGAAUUUUAAAACUUUAAAAGGUUUUUUUUUUUUUUUUUUUUUUUUUGGUAUUAAUCUAUGUGAGAGGGUGGGUGGUGUUGAUUUCUCUUGUGUUGCGUGAUCGAAUUGAAAAUUUUCUUUGCUACCUUUCUGGCUUUCUAUAUAUUAUUUGGAAAAUUAUAUAUAGUCUGGGUUGUCUAUG